UUUGUUUUAUCCGGUCUCAGCCUUCACAUUCUGAUUCUAUCCACGGUCGUCUCCCCGAGCAGCUUUUUCCAUGGCGGAGUCAGUUCUCGAGCAGUUGAGGAAUGGAACUGCUCGGUUCGAGCUCGCCUCCUCCCCCGUGCUUUCAAUUUCAACUUCCAAUUCUCCGUCGCACCAAACGGCGGCGUUCGGGGACCACAGCCAACGGUUCUUCGCUAGAAUCGGACCGCCACUAGGCAGAGGAUCGUCGGCGAUGAAGAAAGUUGAACGCUUUUCGGUUCAGAAAGUUACCGGCGACGGGCGCUGUCUGUUUCGUGCUCUGGUGAAAGGAAUGGCUUUGAAUAAAGGGGUUCCUCUUAGCCCAAGGCAAGAGAAAGAUGAUGCAGACGAACUACGAAUGGCUGUGAAAGAGGUUAUAUGCGAAGAUGAGGAAGAGCGCCCUAAGUAUGAACCUGCUUUGGUGGCAAUCACUGUCGAUGAGUCCUUAAAACGUUACUGCCAGCGCAUCAAUAGACCGGAUUUCUGGGGAGGAGAGUCUGAGCUGCUGGUGCUGUCAAAGUUGUGUGGGCAGCCAAUCACUGUUUACAUACCAGAGCAUGAGCAUACAAAUGGUGGACUGGGUUCUGGUUUCAUUCCGAUUGCAGAAUAUGGAAGCGAGUUUACAAAAGGUUCUAGAAACAAAAAGCCCAGAAAGGUUGUUAGGCUCCUCUACAGUGGCAGGAACCAUUAUGAUCUGCUUGUAUGAGAGAGAGAGAGAGAGAGAGAGAGAGAGAGAGAGAGAGCUGAAUAGAAUGAUAGUAUUUUUUUUUGUUUUAUUAGCCUUUGUUUUUCUUUCUUUGAUACAAUCAUACAGACUCUACUUAGUGGAAUAGGGUUUUGUUAUUGUUGUAGAAUGGCUGCCAAUACACAAUGUUAUCUAGAUAGUAGGGUGGGUAUCGGGUGGGUUGGUCGAGUUGGAUUACAACUUGUUGUUAACCCAAUAAAUUCGGGUUGGCAUUAGGUUGGAAUUGUUGAAACACAUUGUUGCCCAAGGAAAUGGGUAAACCAACCCCCCACACCAUUUUUAGGCUGUGUGGUUUCAUGGGGUGGUAUAAGUUGCUUUCUUUCUUAUUCCUAAUUUUUGUAUGACUGUCAUAUAAUCCAAAAUUCAUGUUCUUUAAAUUAUAUGAAUUGGGUAUUGUACCCUCACUGCA